AUGCCGUUGACCUUCUGUCCCAAUUGCAGCAAUGCGCUCACCGUCUCUCGAGCCGAGCCUUCUUCUCAAUAUCCUCUUGGCAUCAACCGGUUCGAGUGUCGGACGUGCCCGUAUCAAUACGUGCUGGACCGCGCUUACUUCGAAGACACACCCAUGAAGCAGAAGGAGGUGGAAGAAGUGUUUGGCGGCAAAGAGGAGUUCAAAAAUGCGGACAGCAUGGCCGCUCAAUGUCCUGCAGAAGGCUGCCCUGGCGACCGCGCGUACUUCUUCCAGCUUCAGAUUCGCAGUGCGGACGAGCCGAUGACCACAUUCUUAAAGUGCACCACUUGCGGUACCCGCUGGAGAGAGAACUAA